AGGCGCCUUCACAUCUUCAUCACACAAGGAGAGGACGAAGGUAUCAUCAUUCCCCGCAUCCCUUCCAUUUACCUGCUCAAAAAUCAUUCCAAAUUCUCCCGUGAAUCUUCCAGUUUAUUUUAUUUUUUUGCAAACUGCCCCUGACACCAAGUCAAUACCAACCCAGCCCCCUCUUACCCUCUAAAAAAAAGACUAUUACUCCUUCAAAUGCAAACUCCAUUAACACCUCAGUUCAAGAUGAUUUGCAACGUUUUUUUGGCCUGGAUUCUGUUCUGUUCCCAGGUGACCUCCCGACCUCCAAUAUCUGAGCUGCCGAGGGAAGAUCAGACGGUGACCAAGUGUAUUGCUGAAGCGAUUUCGGAUACACUUUCCAAACCUGACCCCUUGCCAGUCAGCAGCAAAUGCAAAAAGAUCCUCAAAGAAGAUGAAAGGAUUCUGGCCAUGGUGCGUCAUCAAAACCUUCUGAAAGAGUUGGAAGAACUGACACAUUUCGGGGAGAUCAGAGAAGGCUCAACUGAGAGAAACGAUAAAAAAUGGAACUACCUGGAGGAAGAAAGUGUUGAAUCGAAAGAACGGGAAGACAUGAAGAAGCAAUACAUGUUGGAUAAGAAGACAUCAAGGGCUGAGAUCAGAGAUGAUAUCAGUCACCGAGGAAGAGCCAAUUCUAAGAAGGAUGUCCCUUUAAAAAGAGAGGAAGACCUGGGGAAAUAUGAAGGAAGUGAAGAAGAACUGAGGGAGCAGCAUGAUUAUAAAGUGAUGAAUGGCGAAGAUGACACCAAACUAGUCCUCCACGAAAGCGAGGAAGAACUGACUGAUGACGAUAAGAGGAGUCCCGAUAGGAGACACCGAGUGUCCUCCGAGGAAGAGGAUUCGCUAUCCAGAGAAGAUGAGCAGGAGGACCACAAUGUCCUCAAGAUAGAUGAACUGAUCGAGAAGAUUGCCAGGGAGGAACUGGAAGAUGAAGAUGACGAGCAAGCCGAAGAGCAGAAGCAUCACACCAAAGAGUAUGGCUCCAAGAAAAGAAGCAAGGAAGCUCCAGGCCAUGUUAAAAAGCGAGUUGAAGAGAAUGCCAGCGAUGAAGAAACUGAUCAGUUUGAAACUGAGGAAAAGGGAGUCAAGGUCUUCGAUUCCAAGAGCCAUAUGCACGAGUCUGAUGACAAGCGUUCCCUUGAGAAGAAAUCGCAGGAUAAAAAGAGACACCACCUUCAGGAAGAAGGUGUGGGUUUGAAAAGACAAGAUGAUGAGCUUGAGUACCUGGAGGAGAGGCGUCAUGAUAUUGAAAACAACAAAGAAGAGGAGGAGGAUGAGGAGGAGGAGGAGAAAGAGGAGAGGAGGCAACUACACUAUGAGCCCUCCCUCCAACAGCACAGGCUAAGGAACCUCAUAGCGAUCGAGAAGGAGCUGAAGAGCAUUGCCGAGAAGCUGAGGGAUAUCCGGAAAGGUUAAGGAGUAUAUUUGUCUCCUCAUGAUGAUCGUAAGUUGUAUGGCCAAAGAUGCCUGAGGCGAAUCUGUCUUGCAGUUACUGGCACAGCUUUGGGUUCAUGUUCAUCUUUAUCAUCAUCAUCAUCACCGCACAAUGUGUUCACAAUCCAUCAAGGCAAGAUAAUAAAUCAUUUGACAUUACCGCC